UGACCACAACAUUGCCUGGCGCCUUGUAUUCACUAACAGGAAGUAGCAUUUGGCAGCUAACAUGAAUGAAUGACGUUACUUGGACUUUCCCAGCUUUCCUGACAGAUAAAUGAGAAGACCUAUCCAUUUUCAGGUAUGCCACAGAAAGAUCCAUGUCAGAAGCAAGCAUGUGCAAUUCAAACGUGUUUACAAGCUAACAAAUACGUGGAGAGCAUGUGUGAGGAUGUAAUCAGGGAGAUGCGGCGGUGCUGCGAGACACAUGCUGCAAACUCCAUCUGCUGCUCCGGAUUCAGGGAGUCAAAACCCCCGGAGAACAAGAGUAACACAUAGCUCCGUGUGAAGAUAGCACAAUAAAGAACUGUGUGUCAAUGUUUGAAACACUGUGGUGCAGCUAGCUAAUGAGCCAGUGCAGUGAACUCUUUUCUUAUCUCAAUGUAUAGAAAGUUUGAAUUCGACUUCGUCAUAGCAGUUGUUCUGGCAUGAGACACAAUAGUACCAUCACACCUACAUGUAUGAAGUACAUCUACCAAUUUAUAAGAUCAACAUACCCUAAGUAAGGGCUAAUCCACCCUAUAGGCUAUUGGAUAUAUCUUCACAGUAUGUCCUGAACAAAUUUGACCUGAGCCAGGAAUAACCUCACAACAAGUGUCUGUUCUUACUUAAUGUUUCGGAGAAGAGGGAGAGAAUUCUUUUGUUUUAUUUCACACCAUUUUUUGGGGGGAGAUAAACACCCACUGAGACAUCAUGUAUUAUUUUAAGUAGACAUGAAAAUGUAACAGCCAUGAAGAUUUCAAUAUAUUCACCGUGAAAAUGGAAAUAGCUUUCUGGAACUGUUUGGGUUUAUUAAAUAAUCCUGUGCAACUGUGAAA